AUGGAUACUGAGGCAUACGGGGCAGUCGACGAACUGGGGAGAACAAUAGGGUAUCACGGACCAACCAUGACCUUCGAACCUCUGGAGUACUCUUCCACCUCAUUAAAACCACCUGGUCUUAUUACACCGCUCGCCGAUACAAGUAAUACCUUGCUGUCGAAUAUACGGCACCAGCGGCAGCAGUCGGCUCCGAACGUUUAUUAUUCCAACGCGGAUUCGCGGUCUCCAUCCCCUAAAUCAGGUCACGUCAGGCAUCAGUCUCAAGGCAUGCCACUUACCGGCGACGGGAGAGCCGGCCGGCGCUCGGAUAACUCCUCAGGAAGAUACGGCACCCGGCUGAGCGCUACACAGCCAUCCUCAUCCGCAGACGAGGCUACCUCUCCAAACACCACACCCAAAUCCAAGUGCAGCAUCGCAACAUCCGACACCACGCCAAAGAGCGCAACACAACCCCGCCUCGGCUUCUUCGCGUCACUCACCACGCGGCUAUCCAGCCCAGCGGCGCAGACACCCCAAGAAGUCGACGACGAAAUAAUCAACAUGGACAUCGAAGCAGCGCUGUACCCGUCCGCCAUCGACCGCGACACCUUCUCGCCCGCGGCCUACAAGAACCUGCAGGCCAACGCGGCGGGGCUGCUGCACAAGAUGCAGGACGCGUACCGGCAGCGCGCAGCGACGAUCCGCGAGAUGCGCGCCGAGCGCGAGGCCUACGGCGAGGAGACGGCGGAGACGGAGCUGCGCAUCCGCAGCUUCAAGAGCCAGCUCGAGAGCAUGGCGGCGAAAGCGGUCGAGCAGGAGAAAACCAUGCAGCUGCUCGUUGCGGAGCUGCUAGCGGAGAAGGAGGCGCGGCGCGAGGCGGAGGACCGGGGGAGGGCGUUGGUCGAGUCGCCGCUGAUCACGGAAGAUCUCUGCGUGGACGACGCGGACAGGGAGGAGGGCGACGACGCGGACGAGACGCGGAAACGCUGGCGCAACAGCGACGGCACGGUGCGCUCGGAUCUCAGCAUCGACACGUCCGCGGGGACCAGCGUGACGGACGGCGAAAGCGUCGAGGCCGACAGCAUAUUCAGCCGCAGCCGGAGCCCGACGGCCACGGUCACAACGACCAUGACGGAAACCGAGCUCCUCGCCAUCCGGUCCCCCCACACGCCCAACCUGUCGCCGUCGCCCAAGCCCAAGCAGCAGUUGACCGCGUUCCAGAAGCUGGUCAAGGGGAUCUCGGGAGGAGGGGCAGGGGGGGAGAUGGUGGACGGGUGUGGGAAUUGCCGGGGGCGGGACGCGAGCGUGGCGUGGGAGACGGUUAGUCUGCUGCGCGACGAGAAUAAGAACUUGAAGCACCGCGUUGCGCAGCUCGAGGUUGUGGUCGAGGGCGCGUUGGAUGUUGUUAAUGGGAUUGGGGCGUAG